GCGACGUUAAGCGUAAAGAAGCAGGCAGCGGGCAGACGCAGUGGGCCGAUCAAGCUUGCACAGGUAGCCAACCGCGCUGCUCCAAACUCCCCAAGCCCGUCCGAGGCACGAAAACCCGCCGAAGGUGCACAUUCAUUGUCGCUCGCGAUCGCAACCGGGUAGGCCGCAAGGUUGCGCAUUGGAUGCACCGUACGCGAUUCCAAGUGAUCAUCGACUCUCCGCAGUGCUAAUUUUAUUGAUGGUGCAAAACUUAAGAUGUUGAUUUCAAACGCAGGCGGUUUGGCGAGUGCUAACGAUUUCAGCAGUGUGCCCGCUUUGUCGGGCUGUUGCCCCAUGCCAGUGACGCCCGGGGCCCGUGCCGCGAUCGUCAACUGGAAGAUGGACGGCUUGCCCGCCCCCAGCUCCGCUCCCAGCUCGAUGCCGCCGACGAUCAACAUGUCGCCAGCAGGAACUCUAAGGCCCCCAGGACUUAUUGGAGGCAGUAAACCAAAAGUAGCUACUCCAGCAGUGGUGUCGAAAAUAGAGCAGUAUAAACGCGAAAAUCCUACGAUUUUCGCAUGGGAAAUCAGGGAAAGGCUUAUAUCAGAAGGUUGUUUAAACUGGUUUCACAUUGCAAUGACAAUGCGAAAUUUCAAUUAUGAUUUAAUAUGGGAUCUAUUUACAAGGAGCAUCAACCGGAUACUUCGAAACCGCGCCGCCGAGAGGGCGGCUGCCGAAUUCGCUCGCGCAGCCGGUUACGGUCUGUACCACCCGCACCCGUACGCAGCUGCGGCAGCUGCGUUUCCCUGGCACUCGCCGCUGUGGCCUAACGGCCCGUUGGGUUUGCAACCGCCUUCUGGGGGUGGGAGUGUGAUGGCGGCCGGGUCGCCGACCAGUUCGGGAUCUCCGCACCCUGGUGAUCAUGGUUUGUUGAGCUCACCGCCGGGGGUGCUGUUGGAAAAGGACGAUUCGAGCUUGGAUAGCAGCGAGCAACCCAAGUUCAGAAGGAACAGGACCACGUUCAGCCCCGAUCAGUUGGAGGAGUUGGAGAAGGAGUUCGAAAAGAGUCAUUACCCGUGCGUUUCCACGAGAGAAAGAUUAGCUUCGAAGACGUCGCUAUCGGAAGCUAGAGUUCAGGUUUGGUUUUCCAACAGACGCGCCAAGUGGAGGCGACACCAAAGAAUGAACCUCCUGAAACAAACGUCGCCAGGUCAGCAGAGCAGUCAGUCUUCUUUGUACGGCGGCCGGUUGACUCCUUCGCCGCAUUACAAAACCGUUUCCACCCCUGGCUCGCCGCACACGCAGCGCACCCCCGGUUCCUCCCUGCUCCUCCAAAUGGGCGGAGAAAAUAGCGCGUUCAAAGCCCUGCACCUCAUGAACUCGCACGAAAACUACCUGACUGAUUCCGAGGAGGAGAUCAACGUGAACGACGAGUCCGACGUCGAAGACCAGCCGAGGUCCAGGUCCUGCAGCCCAGUGGAGGUGGUGGACGACAACCCGCCCCCCAAAGACAGCCCUCCCUCCAUAUGUCAGCCCCUGCAACUGACCAUGCACGACAGGCAAUAG